ACCAAACAAAACUCCCUCUCUCUGCCGUCUCUAUUUGGUGUCUUCACCGGCCACCGCCACCGCCACCGCCACUGCCACCGCCACAACCAUCGGAUCCUCCAACAAUGGCAUAUCACGACGCCCGUCACCUCCGCCUCCUCUGUCUGACAUUCUUCCUCCUCCUCCUGUCUUUCACCGCCGCCGAUGACGCCGCCGUCAUGGCAAAGCUCUCCACCUCUCUCUCCCCCGCCCUAUCCUCCUGGAAGAGCAAUACCGACUUCUGUAAAUGGGAGGGAAUCACUUGCGAUGACUCCAAACUUGUUACCUCCAUAAACAUACCUUCGAAAUCCCUCACCGGAAACCUACCAUCAGACAUCAACCAGCUUUCCCAACUCAAAACCCUUAACCUCCAACGUAACUCUCUCUCCGGCGACUUACCCACCUUGGCUAACCUCACUCUCCUCGAACAACUCAACCUUGAAAGCAACAAUUUCACCUCCAUCCCGCCGGGUUUCUUUUCCGGUCUCACCAGUUUACAAUCCUUUAGCAUCUCCGAUAACUCAGAUCUGUCUCCCUGGGUUCUCCCAAACGAUCUCACUCAGAGCAGUAAUUUGCAAAGUUUUCAGGCCAGCAACGCCAACAUAAUGAGUUCGAUACCGGACUUCUUUGACAGCUUUCGGAAUUUGCAGAAUCUUCGGCUGUCCUACAACAACCUCACCGGAAACCUUCCCCGGAGUUUUAUUGGGUCGGAAAUUCAAAAUCUCUGGCUUAACAAUCAGUUGCAAGGGCUUUCUGGUACGCUUGAUGUGAUUUCUUCCAUGACCCAACUUAGUCAAGUAUGGUUACAGGCUAAUUCUUUCACCGGAGCUAUCCCGGAUCUUUCAAAUUGCACUCUUUUAUUCGAUUUACAACUCAGGGAUAACCAAUUAACUGGCAUAGUUCCUCAAUCAUUGAUGUCUCUUCCUAAAUUGGUAAAUGUUACUCUACAAAACAACAAAUUACAGGGUCCAUUGCCUGUGUUUCCGGAUGGUGUUAAAACCGAAUUAGGAACUGAUACCAAUAGUUUCUGUUUACCUACACCUGGACCUUGUGACCCCCAAGUGACGUCACUUCUUGAGGUCGCCGGAGCUCUAGGAUAUCCAAUGCAAUUGGCACAAUCUUGGCAAGGUAAUGAUGCUUGCCAAAGAUGGACCUUUGUUAGUUGUGAUUCUUCUGGGAAGAAUGUGACGACUGUAAGCUUUGGAAAGCAGAAGUUUUCGGGUACCAUUUCGCCUGCCUUUGCGAAUUUGACUUCGUUGAGGAGUUUAUCAUUGAAUGAUAACAAUCUCGUAGGUCCAAUUCCCGGGGUUUUGACAUCUUUGCCAAAUCUUCAACUUCUUGAUGUCUCCAACAACAAUCUUUCUGGUCCUAUACCAGAUGUCCCUCAAAAAUUGAAGUUUAUGCAUGAUGGUAAUCUUCUAUUAGGUAAAGAUGUGUCUAGCGGACCGCCUGGCUCUGGACUCAAUGGUGGCAAUGGAGGUGGUGGCACACCUGGUGGUGCCGCCAAGAAGGUGUCUGUUUCGACUGGUAUGGUUGUUGGAAUUGUCAUUGGUGCUCUUGUUUUUGUUGUGAUUGUAUCAUUUGUGUCUUACAAGUGUUACACCAAGAAGAGAAACCAGAAGCCUAAGAGGGUUGAUGAUCCAGAAAAUGGUAAAGAAUUGGUCAAAGCUAGUAUAAUUGGAGGUAGUUCGGAUGCUCUUGGAGUUUUCAGUGAAUUACAAAGUCAAAGCAGUGGCGAUCAUUCUGAAAUGCCCGUCUUUGAAGGUGGUAAUGUUACAAUUUCGAUUCAAGUUCUGCGACAAGUGACCAACAAUUUCAGUGACGAAAAUGUAUUGGGAAGAGGUGGAUUUGGGAUAGUUUAUAAAGGGGAACUACAUGAUGGCACCAAGAUAGCAGUAAAACGGAUGGAAUCUGGUGUAAUGGGGACAAAAGGGUUGAAAGAAUUCCAAGCUGAGAUUGCUGUUCUAACGAAAGUUAGGCACAGGCAUCUUGUAGCUCUUCUUGGGUACUGUAUCAAUGGCAAUGAGCGGCUUUUGGUUUAUGAGUACAUGCCGCAAGGAACUUUAAGCCAACAUUUGUUCGAAUGGAGGGAAUAUAAAAGUGAUCCUCUUAGUUGGAAACAAAGGGUUUCAAUAGCUUUGGAUGUUGGUAGAGGGGUCGAGUAUUUGCAUAGUUUGGCACAACAAAGCUUCAUUCAUAGAGACUUGAAGCCAUCAAACAUCCUUCUUGGUGACGAUAUGCGAGCCAAAGUAGCGGAUUUUGGUUUGGUAAAAAGUGCACCUGAUGGGAAGUACUCGGUUGAAACACGAUUGGCGGGAACUUUUGGCUAUCUUGCACCCGAAUAUGCUGCUACUGGGAGAGUGACUACAAAGGUGGACGUUUAUGCUUUUGGAGUGGUAUUAAUGGAGUUGAUCACAGGCAGAAAAGCCCUAGACGAGACCGUGCCGGACGAUAGAAGUCAUUUGGUGACAUGGUUCCGUAGGGUCCUUAUCUCCAAAGAAAACAUAGUAAAAGCCAUAGACCAAACCCUUGACACUGAAGAUGAAGAAACCCUCGAGAGCAUUUGCAAAGUGGCCGAGCUAGCCGGCCACUGCACCGCACGUGAGCCAUAUCAGAGACCUGACAUGGGCCAUGCAGUCAACGUGUUGGGACCUCUUGUAGAGCUAUGGAAACCUUCAACACACGAAGAAGAAGAUGGUAAUGGCAUUGACCUCCAUAUGAGCCUUCCCCAAAUCCUUCAAAGAUGGCAAGCAGAUGAGGGUACCUCUAGCAUGUUCGAUACUUCCUUCACCCAAACUCAAUCAAGUAUUCCCUCUAAGCCCUCGGGACUUGCAGACACAUUCGACUCCACAAAUGGCCGAUAGCAAAAAGGGCCAACUUUUGAUCAGAAACUUGUAAAGGGACCAUAGAAGAAAGAAGCAAAAGGAAGAUGAUACACAUACAGGUCCCUCUACUCUCCUUCAGUUCUUUGAUUUAUUCAUUCUUUGAGCAACUACAACUGUAGACUAAAUCCAACAGGGUACUAUUCCUAUUUCCCCCUCCAAGUAAAAUUGAAUUUCUUUGUUUGUUGUUAUGGUCAUUUGGGUGGAAUUCUUUAAAAUCUUAUUGAUUGCAUGAGUGGUAGAGGUGUUGGGAAGAUAGGCAAAUCUGUAAUCUUGAGAAUAGGAGAAAGGGUACCUCUACCACCAUGUAAUUUGUUGAAUUUUCUUCAUUUGUUGUUGUUGUUGUUGUCGUUGAUAUAUACCUUCUUUUUGUUUCUGGUCAUUCACCUGUCAUUUUCUUGUUCUAUGCUAUGUACAUUCAAGACUAUCCUUAUACAAAUAUAUUGAAUUUUUGGAUUCACAUAUC